AACUAAGUGAAUCUUGGGAGUUUCCUUUAUUUGUAAAAGAAACUCCUGAGAAGAGCUUAGAACAAUUUUUCCCCCUCCGAGUGCCAUUUUCCAAAGGUACUCACCGACAAAUAAGGUGUGACUGUUAUGGCUGCACUAAGUUGUCUUUUGGACAGUGUAAGAAGGGAUAUAAGGAAGGUGGACAGAGAACUAAGGCAAUUGAAAUGCCUCGACGAGUGCACACGUUGCGUCUGCGACUUAUAUGUGCAUCCUUAUUGCUGUUGUGACUUACAUCCAUACCCGGCUUGCCUGUGCUAUUCAAAGUGCCCUCGCAUUUGUGGCCUAUGUGAUCUAUACCCAUAUUGCCUGUGUGAUAUCAAGCUUUUCUGUCUUCGACCAACAAUCAGAAGUUUGGAGAGGAAGGCCAUUAAAGCCAUUCUGGAUGAAAAGAAAGAACUGACCAAACUAAGAAGAACAACAAACAAGAUUCUGGCAGCAUCCUGUUGCAGUAGUAACUUACUAGGGUCAGUGAAUGUAUGCGGCUUUGAGCCUGACCAAGUCAAAGUCAAAGUGAAAGAUGGGAAGGUGUUUGUGUCAGCGGAACGAGAGAAUAGAUACGAUUGCCUAGGAUCGAAAAAAUACAGCUACAUGAACAUCUGCAAAGAGUUUUCCUUGCCCCCGUGUGUGGAUGAGAAAGAUGUGACCUAUUCUUACGGACUUGGCAGUUGUGUGAAGGUUGAAGCCCCUUGCAGCCCAUGCCUUCCAUGUCUUCCAUGCAGUCGAUGUGACCCUUGCAAUCCAUGCAAUCCAUGCGGUCCAUGUAAUCCAUGUAAUCCAUGCAAUCCAUGCAAUCCAUGCAAUCCAUGCAAUCCUUGCAGCAGUCCAUGCGAUCCUUGUGAUCCUUGCAGUCCUUGCAGUCCUUGCAGUCCGUGCUAUCCAUGUGGAAGCCGAAAAUGAUAUCAUAGAGGGGUACAGAUAGGAUGCUUAGAAGUAGUUAGUAUUACCCUGACAAGACAGCUCUUCCGGUGUUUCUCUUUCCCUGCUUUCUGAAAUAUGUAGGCUCCCGUAAUACAUAACUGCAAACCUGUUGGUGUUGUGUGAGAAUCUUUUGGUUCUGCCCGCUGCCCAGUGAGGUUGGCCCAACACAAUUCCUGGGUUCCAAGAAGUGGUAGGAAAGAAAAAUGACAUGGGAGAUCUGUUCACAAAGAACCACGCAUGGAUUAUUCUCAUAGGUAGCCAGCCACAAGCACCAUAUUUCCAAAUGAUGGUCCUUAGGAGCCCAAACCAGAAGUUAAAGAGAAGUGGAAUAUCUCACGGGCCCCAAAUCAUGAAGACAGACCAAAUUAUAUGUUGGCUACCUGAAAAAAACCAAGAAGUAAAUGAAAAGGGACAUACUUGGGAGGGACCAAACAAAGGGAUUAAGUUGUUUGUUUCAAUGCUGUCCCCUGAAGAUAUCACAAAAACCAUAAAGUUUGCACUAUUAAUAUCUUUA